ACGUGGUUUUCCCAUCUAAGCAAUUGUCAGCCUGAAACCUUCACCUAUAAUGUCGCUCUUGAUCUUAACAACCUCUCUUUACCUGGUAUUGUUUUCAUUCACCAAAUUCCUGAAUCAUUCUAGUUUUGAUUCCACCAUUGAAAAGCACUGUGUUCUGUUGAAAGCCUGCCUGUGAUCUGCAAUCAUGGUUUCAGCGGUGGAUCCUGAUAACAUUCGUGUCUUUGGACAAAUGCCAAAUUACACCAUACUAAAUUCCAGUUAUGUUUGUUCCUCCAUCUCCAAGUUACAAAGGAACGGUGUAUUUUACUCUUCCAAUCCUCUGGCUUUUGCGCUCCCUCUUUUGCUGAUCCAAAUGACCCUUGCCUCCGCUGCCAUUCUCCUUACGUUUUUUCUCGUCAGGCCUCUUGGCCACCCCGUCAUGCUGGCUCAAAUUUUAGGUGGAAUAAUAGUAGGGCCAUCAUUUCUGUGCCGGAUUCCGGGCCUUCUCAACACCAUAUUCCCCAUCAGAAGUUUUUUACUGCUGGAUAUAGUAUCAACUAUAGGUUGUAUGUUUUACUUCUUCCUCAUUGGUGUACAAACAGAUAUAUCGAUGCUUAAGAAAAUAACCAGAAAGACAUUUGCCAUUGGGUUUUUCACCAUGGCAGUGCCAAUGAUACUAACCAUAGGCAGCUCCAUUUUGUGGACGCAUUUCUAUGAUCCUAGCUCGGUGAAGAUAGAUAAACUUCCGGCAAUAGCAGUAACAGAAUCUGUAAUCUGCUUUCCAAUUAUAGCAUACUAUCUUUCCGAGCUUAGGAUUAUAAAUUCAGAAUUUGGCAGAGUGGCAUUAUGUUCUUCCAUGGUUAGUACGCUGUGCAGUUUGUGUGUGAUUACGUCUUAUCUUCUAUGGAGUCAAUCAGGAUAUGACAUAUCACUUUUCUUUAGAGCAGUUUGUUAUGUUAUCGCCUUUGCAGUUCUUGUCUGCUUUAUUCUUGGCCCUAUACUUCUUUGGGAGAAGAAGCAGAUUUUGGUAGGAACCCCUUCGAAACAGGGUAACAUAAUUGUGCUAUUUUUAGCUGUGCUUAUGUCAGGGUUUUGGGGUCAGGGUUUUGGUUUAAACAUAUAUUUUGGACCCCUUUUAUUUGGGUUAUUAAUACCAUCAGGGCCGCCACUUGGGUCAGUGCUAGUAGAGAAGCUUGAUCUCAUAAUUUAUUGGAUGCUAAUGCCGCUAUAUUGUGUGAAAUUUGGCCUGACAGUAGACAUCUUUGCUCUUAGUAUUAGAACUUACUCCGGAGUGCAACUCAUUGCCUUGUUGGGUGCAUGUGGAAAGUUCUUAGGAGCCUCUAUAUCUGCGCUCGGAUGCCAAAUGUCGCCCAGUGAUGCUAUCUCGCUUGGCUUUGUGAUGACUUUCCAAGGCAUGCUCGAGCUUAGUUUGUUUAUCUUAAUGAAGACUAAAAGGAUAAUAGAUGGUGAAUCUUUUGUGGCCAUGUGUGCAUCAUUGUUGAUAACAACAGGAGUUAUUACACCAAUGGUACGACACUUCUGCAAUCCUUCAAGGAGGUACGUGGUCUACCAUGGAAGAACUUUGAUGGAUUCGAGACCAAACUCAGAACUAAGAUUACUAGUCUGCAUUCAUGACCAAGAAAAUGUUCCAUCUGCCAUUAGCCUCCUCAAGGCUUUAAAUCCCGGCAAGCAAAGUCCAAUUGCUGUUUACAUGCUUCAUCUGAUUGAGCUUACUGGGAGCGCAACCCCACUCUUCAUUCCUCAUAAGAAGACCAGAAAGUUCUCUUCUAGGACGAGUAGCUCAGGACCUGUUAUCAAUGCCUUCACAAACUUUGAGGAAAACCAUGGGGGUCAUGUCUCAAUUUUCCCCUUCAUUUCAAUAUGUCCUCCUCAAACAAUGCAUGAUGAUGUGUGUGCAAUUGCACUUGACAAAGGGAUUUCACUUGCUAUAAUUCCUUUCUUCAAGAGAUUUCAUUUCGAUGGUGCAUUACAGUCGUCUAAAAGGGCCAUGAAGAUCGCCAACCAGAAUGUCCUUGAUAAGGCACCUUGCUCAGUUGCAAUACUCAUUGAUCGUGGGCCCCUCAAAACCCUGAGUGCCAUUUGGACAUGCUGGUCUUCUUACGAAGUUGCUGUUAUCUUCUUGGGUGGAGCUGAUGACCGGGAGGCAUUAACUUUGGGGGCUAGGAUGGCUGGACUUCCCAAUAACAAGUUGACACUGAUACGAAUCCUUUAUGAUGGGAAUUUUCCUGAUAAUUAUAUGGAAGGGAGGAGACUUGACGAUGAAGUUCUUAAUGACUUUCGAUCUAAUAUCUCUGGGAACUAUUGCGCCAAGUACAAAGAGGAACUAGUGAUGGAUGGCGCAGGGACUGCUUCUGUCCUUCGCACCCUAGAGAAUCAAUACGAACUUGUAGUGGUAGGCAGGCGUCAUGAUGGUCUGUCACCUCUUUUGUCAGGGUUGAGAGAAUGGAAUGAAAACAGGGAGUUGGGUGUAAUAGGUGACCUGUUGUCUUCUUCCGAUUUCUUGGGCGACACCACAAUCUUGGUGGUUCAACAACACACCGAUUACAGUUGUGGCGAAUGAAAUGAAAUAGGUGGUGGUUUGA